AUGUCUCAAGUUAUUCCAAGGGCAUCAUGGCUCUCAGUCCUGAUAGCACUGCUGGCAGUGUCUACUGUCAACGCGCAUCCAAUCCACCAGACAGAUGAGGCGAUGGAAAAGGGACAAGCUAGCAAACUUGAAUCUCGGUCACCGAGACUUAUUCCAGACACCCAGAAGUACGUCCAUGACAUCUUGCAAGGGUUGGGUCUGGAAGAGCCAACCCCAACGGCAACGGCAACAUCAACAUCAACUCCAACCGCCACGCCCACUGCCAGUGUGGAGACCAAAGAGGACUUGGGCAACAUGAAGCCAACACAAACCACGCACAUUAUCUACUCUAGCUCCACCAGCUACACACCAACCUAUAGCAGCAAUGGGGCUGGCUACACUCAUACCGUGAAACAUGUACAAAGCAACAACAGACCAAUCGAGAACGUCCAGAUUGGGCAGGGUUGGAAUGGGGAUAAGAAAGUUACGACCGAGGAUAUCCCUGUUGCCUUUGAUUCCUUGUAUGAGGAGUUGGAGCAUCGAUUGAAGAAUGUGAUUAACAGCUCUGAUGAGAUUGGAUUGGAUGGCUUCCUAGGAAGCGGUAUAGGCGCCAGCUGCCAAAACUCUGAAUGUUGA